AAAAAAAAGUCACCAAAAAAAAAAAAAAAAAGUGGAAACUUUUUUCCAUGUCCAUUCCAUCAAGUCCUGAAAUAUCAAAAUGGAUUUAGAGAAAAAUUACCCGACUCCUCGGACCGGCAGGACAGGACAUGGAGGAGUGAAUCAGCUUGGGGGGGUUUUUGUGAACGGACGGCCACUUCCAGACGUAGUCCGCCAAAGGAUAGUGGAACUUGCUCAUCAAGGUGUCAGGCCCUGCGACAUCUCCAGGCAGCUUCGGGUCAGCCAUGGUUGUGUCAGCAAAAUUCUUGGCAGGUAUUAUGAGACAGGAAGCAUCAAGCCUGGGGUGAUUGGAGGAUCCAAACCAAAGGUUGCCACGCCCAAAGUGGUAGAAAAAAUCGCUGAGUACAAACGCCAAAAUCCCACCAUGUUUGCCUGGGAGAUCAGGGACCGGCUGCUGGCGGAGCGAGUGUGUGACAAUGACACGGUGCCCAGUGUCAGUUCCAUCAACAGGAUCAUCCGGACAAAAGUUCAGCAGCCCCCCAACCAGCCUGUCCCGGCUUCCAGUCACAGCAUAGUGUCCACGGGCUCUGUGACACAAGUGUCCUCAGUGAGCACGGACUCAGCCGGCUCGUCGUACUCCAUCAGUGGCAUCCUGGGCAUCACGUCCCCCAGCGCUGACACCAACAAGCGCAAGAGAGAUGAAGGUAUUCAGGACUCUCCGGUGCCSAAUGGUCACUCACUCCCAGGCAGAGAUUUCCUCCGGAAGCAGAUGCGGGGAGACCUGUUCACGCAGCAGCAGCUGGAGGUCCUGGACCGUGUGUUUGAGCGGCAGCACUACUCAGACAUCUUCACCACCACGGAGCCCAUCAAGCCCGAGCAGACCACCGAGUAUUCAGCCAUGGCCUCACUGGCCGGAGGACUGGACGACAUGAAGGCCAACCUGACCAGCCCYACCCCCGCGGACAUCGGGAGCAGCGUGCCGGGCCCACAGUCCUACCCCAUUGUGACAGGCCGUGACUUGGCAAGCACGACCCUCCCCGGGUACCCUCCRCACGUCCCCCCCGCCGGACAGGGCAGCUACUCGGCGCCGACGCUGACAGGGAUGGUGCCUGGGAGUGAGUUUUCCGGGAGUCCCUAUAGCCAUCCUCAGUAUUCCUCGUACAACGACUCCUGGAGGUUCCCCAACCCGGGGCUGCUUGGCUCCCCCUACUAUUACAGCGCUGCUGCCCGAGGAGCUGCUCCGCCUGCCGCUGCCACUGCCUAUGACCGUCACUGA